UCUGAGCCGGCCCGGAAGCGGUUCCCAGUCGGUACCCGUAGGGACAGGCGCGCAGCGGGCGGUGGCUGUGGCGCGGGCGGCGGUGCUGCGUGGCUCUGGAGGACCGGCGCGGACCUGCAGCGGCUCGCUGAGGCCGUGGGUCGUCGCUGCAGCUGUCAGGACUCUUGGGGCGAACUUGCCAGACAGAGAGGAGCGGAAGGGAAGGGCAGCUCAGGUGACUUCACACUCGUUUGCAGAUGCAUGGGCAUGGAGGCUAUGACUCUGAUUUUAGUGAUGAUGAACAAGGUGGAGGACCCAGCAAGAAGAGGAAGAAGACAGUCGAGGAUGAGUUGCUGCUUACAAAACCAUUUCAGAAAGAAAGGCAUGGACAGGUGGCCCAUAAGCAAGUUGCUGCGGACCUGCUGGACAGGGAAGAAGCAAGGAAUAGAAGGUUUCAUCUCAUAGCUAUGGAUGCUUAUCAAAGGCACACAAAGUUUGUAAAUGACUAUAUUUUGUACUAUGGCGGCAAGAGAGAGGACUUUAAGCGGUUGGGGGAGAAUGAUAAGACAGAUCUGGAUGUCAUACGAGAAAAUCAUAGAUUCCUAUGGAAUGAGGAGGAUGAAGCAGAUAUGACUUGGGAGAAGAGACUUGCAAAGAAAUACUAUGAUAAAUUAUUCAAGGAAUACUGCAUAGCUGAUCUCAGUAGAUACAAAGAAAAUAAGUUUGGAUUUAGGUGGCGAAUAGAAAAAGAAGUAAUUUCAGGAAAAGGCCAGUUUUUUUGUGGAAAUAAACGUUGUGAUGAAAAGGAAGGCUUGAGGAGCUGGGAAGUCAACUUCGGUUACACCGAGCACGGUGAAAAGAGAAACGCACUUGUUAAAUUAAGACUAUGCCAAGAUUGUUCCUUUAAAUUAAAUUUUCAUCACAGGAGAAAAGAAAUCAAGUCAACAAAAAGAAAGUCAAAAACCAAGACUGAGUGUGACAAGUCGCCUCGUAGGAAAUCCAAGUCGUCAUCUUCAGAGGGCGCUCCCAAGGGCAAGGAUGAAGGACAUUCAUCCUCAAAAAAGUCAGAAGAUUCUAGAAACACAGGCAGUGCUGAUGAGGAAGACGGUGCUUCAGACUCUGAGCUCUGGAAGGGUCCCCUGCCAGAGACAGAUGAAAAAUCACAGGAAGAAGAAUUUGAUGAUUAUUUUCAGGAUUUGUUUCUGUGAGCUGGGAACGAGAACCUUCUUCCUUGGUGAGGAAAUGUAGAGACACUCAGUGAAUGUCUGGACAGCCACUGGGACAGACACUUCAGAAGCACAACACAUUUCAGACAUUUCCUCCUUCACUUGUGUGGCUUCUCAGUUCUUAUCUAAAGCCUGUUUGGGGCUCUAGUUCUUCAGUAUAUGAUAAACUUGUUUCAAGUGUCAUUUGAACAUGGAGUGGUUGGCAUUGAGCUGUAAAUAAAUUUACUUUCUUAUUUUAAAAUG